AGCCCCGGCCUCGCCCAGAGCACCGGGCCCGGCCCCGGCCCCGAGGCUGGGAUAGAGCACGGGACCACCACCCUGGCCUUCAAGUUUGACCACGGUGUGAUAGUCGCUGUUGAUUCCCGAGCCACUGCCGGCAGCUACAUCGCGUCUCAGACGGUGAAGAAGGUGAUUGAGAUAAAUCCGUACCUCCUGGGUACGAUGGCGGGCGGGGCCGCUGACUGCAGCUUCUGGGAGCGCGUGCUCGCCCGUCAGUGUCGGAUCUACGAGCUGCGGAACAAGGAGCGGAUCUCCGUAGCCGCGGCCUCCAAACUGCUCGCCAACAUGGUGUAUCAGUACAAGGGCAUGGGUCUGUCCAUGGGCACCAUGAUCUGUGGCUGGGACAAGCGGGGGCCCGGCCUGUACUGUGUGGACAGUGAGGGUAACAGAGCGUCUGGUGAUGUGUUCUCUGUCGGCUCGGGCUCGGUCUACGCGUACGGGAUCCUGGAUCGCGGCUAUCGCAAGGAGAUGACCGUGGAAGAGGCGUGUGAGCUCGCCAAGCGAGCGAUUUACCACGCCACGUUCAGAGAUGCCUACUCCGGAGGCUACGUGGGGCUCUAUCACGUCAGGGAGAGCGGCUGGGUCAAGGUGUGCUCCAGCGAUGUGCUGGACUUACACCAACUCUACAAGGGCUGCAUGUAGGGGGGAGCGAGAGAGAGCGAGAAAAAAACA